CCUUUUGGCACAUGCAAUCACAACUUCUGACCACAGAAAUUCUGUGAAAUUCGAGAUUUUAAUCCAUGUAUUCUGACGUUUGUAGGAUUUUCUAUUGACUCAGUCCGAGUCAGGAUGAUAGACCUGUAUCUGUGUCACGGCCACGUGUACGUCUGGAACGCUUCAGCCGCCUGUGAGCUGCGGGAACAGCACAGAAUCGUCGGGACGUUUGUGGGGGCUCUCCCCCGCCUGCCCCGGCAGAACGUCAGGCUGGGACGGCCUCUUCAACUCAUGCCAGAGGAGACCACGUUACUGCUGAAUAAAGGCAUAGCCAGGUUACUGGAUGGAAGCAUCCCUCCGAAGACAGGUGAAGAAGAUUUACAAGCUAUAACAGAACAUAGGAAGCAAAGCUUCAGGGAACAGUCCGAGAUGUGUAAGAAUGACAGGAAGAGGAAACUGCACGAAAUGGCCAGUGUCAUCGCCAAAGGACGGGCGGCUAAAAGAAAAAAGCUUGCACAGAAGGCGAAACCAGCUGAGGAAGGUUCUAGUUCAGUGUCCAACAAUGAUGUCACCAGUUCAAGUUGGGAUCAGCCAGAAGAGGAGAAAGAGCCAAGCUUGUCUGUUGAAGAGAUGAAAGAAUUGGAGGCCAGGCUGGACAAGACUACAGGCUACAAUGAACAGGCCUUUCUGGUGCAGAUUCUGACAGAACAAGUUACAGAAGAACCCCAGGAAGCCGUCCCCUGGAACUACCCCACCACAGACAGAGAGGCUCUCAGAUGUCAGGUUUUCCAAGACCUGUGGGAGAAGGGUUACUUCCUCACCAGUGGCGGCAAGUUUGGCGGAGACUUUCUGGUGUACCCCGGGGAUCCCUUCCGGUACCACUCCUUCUACAUCGCGGUUUGUCAGCAUAGAACUGAGAACAUGGAGGCCCUGGAUAUAGUGAGACUGGGGAGGCUAGGGUCCAACGUGAAGAAAACUGUUUUGUUAUGCUCGGAGUGCGAGAGUGGCGAAAUAACAUACACAUCUCUACAAUGGACAGGGAUGAACUGAACAAAAUAUGUUUAGCACAUAUAUUUACUGUGAUGUACAGGAAAAAUAACAGUAUCUUUGAUGACUAUUAUAGCCAUUUUGUAUGACACUGCCUUAAAACGUGACAAUGUCUUGCUGGUUUAGAAAAAGAUGAUCAAAUUCCUGCUUGAGAUUGUACUGCAGAUGAAAAGACGAUAAAAGACA